AUGGCUUUGUCGCUUAGCGUGCGCCAGCCGGGACAACAAAUGCCGACAACAGAUGGGGCCAGGCAGCAACGGUCGUUGCAAGCAACGGCUACUGCUGCCCAUCAUACCCAGCAACCAGCGACGGCAGCACAUUUGCGUCUACAGAAGCAGCAUUCAUUCACCGAAGCCAAUAGGGUACAGCAUAUCGGUGGUGGCAGUGGACAUUUAUUGGCAUCUCGUCGAGCCGGUAGUGGUUACUUGACACGCGGCCUCUCGGUGGAUCGCUCGCUGGAGAGUAUACGUCAAAAAUUGGCGACAGCAACAAAAACAUCGACAGUGCAUGAAACACAAAGUAAACGCCUGAACAAAUCGUCGAAGAAUGGCUCUGAAAAAUUAAAGGGCAUCAAAAAUGUAAAAAAUGCAGAGGGAAAGUAUAGUUGUGUGCGUGCAGGUUCAACAUCGUCGUUGUUAAAAUCAUUAGACAACGAGUUGAAGCAAGUGAAUGGUCAAUUAGGCCAGCAGUAUAAGUGCAAUAGUGUUUGUGAUUCAGCAAAUAUAAACAAUAAAACGGGGCCUAGCAGUUUCAGCAGGAAGUCAAAUUCGCCGCCACCAGCGUCCGAGCAUCAGUGCAAAAUUGCCAAUUCCUCGUCACCUCUUAAAAGUGAUAGCAAAAAAGUAAAUCUGAGCAUUGUAUUAUCGCAUGCGCUUAAUUAUAGACCAAUAAACGGCAACGAAUCCAACAAUAGCGACAUUGAAAGUUCUUCCGAAAGCACAGAGCCCAAUCGCAAAGCUACACCCUCAGCGCGCACCUUGUGUACCGCUUUGCCUGCUAGAGCAAAUGUGUCAGCAGCUUCCGCUUCUGCCACCGCCGUUGCCACUUCUACUUCAACUAUAACUGCCAAUGCCACUGUCCAGCAGCGCCGCGCACAAUUUCGUUCCAGUCGCAAUAUCACCGUAAAUACCAGCACCAGCAUAGCGAGUGUGCCACCCACAGCUAGUAACGCCAUUUUACUGAAUAACCAAAACGAGUCAGAAAUUGUGCCUUCGUCUGCCAACAAUACAACUGGCACUUUAAACGCUGCACCAUCUCUAAUCGUUCAACGGCGGCCGCCUUUGGUGCGUGCUAUGUCCGCGCCAGUGCGUUCACGUUCGAUCGACGAGAAUUCCAAAGGUGUAUUUGCGUUUCAGAAACGCAAAUUGCGGCGUCGCAAGUUGAUUUCGCGCAAUCCAAGUGUUUGCGAAAAAUCCGAAGCGCCUGUUGGUGGUGCAGAUAAAAAUGAUAUACUCUUCGAUUUGAAUGCUAUUAGUGGAAAGAAGCAACCGAUAUCACGUGCACGCUCCACACUAGCGGUCGAUGUGAUCACAUUGGUCUCAUUGGUUAGCUCUGAGGGUAGCGAUUCGGAAAAGGAAGACUCUGCGCCGGAAACCAACCGUGGGAAUUCGGAACGUUCCCGUAGCACUGGCAUGCCAUCGCUGCGAAAGACCGGCAAAUCAGUUUCAUUCCAAGAAAACUAUCCUCCAAACUUUCAAUUGGCUACUAAGGAAUAUUCUCACAUGAUACGGCGUGGCUCGAUUGCUCCUUUGGCUGCACGUUUACGCUCCAAUCGGCCACCAACAGCACCGCCAGUUUCAAUCUUCAUGAACGAAUCGAACACUAACAAUGCAAUGCCUACGACGGCAAGUAAAAAUUUUGGGAGUAACAGUAGCGCUGAUUUUAACGCAAAUACUUGUAAUGCCGCUACUGUCAUGCAAAACGCAAAGAAUGCUGCCACUGCCACUGAUCUUACGUGUGAUGCUAAACAAAGCGAGGAAUACACUUACCCGGAUUAUGUGCGUAGUUUGAAGGAGCGUGAGUGUUGGAAAUUAUAUCGUAAAAUGUCCGUUAAAGGUGUUAGUGUUUCAUAUGAGACGGUGUUGCGUGGUAUGUUGACACCGACUGAGUUUCGGCAGAUACAAAAACAACGCGAGAUAGAAGAAGCUAAAGCACGUGCAUUAGAGGAGGAGAAAGAUGCGGCUUUAGAAAUGCAGCCACCUAUUUCGGCAGUAGAUCGUUUAACGCAGAAAUUGUUGAAAAAGUAGUUGAAAAUAAUGCAAUUGUUUAUAAUGUUUUAGAAAAAUGUAAUGCAUGAAGUAUUUUAAAGAUAGAUAUAUGUACGAAUUUUUGUUAUUAUUUUUCAAAAGAAUAUUUUAAUUGUUAAAAGUUUACACCUGAAUACUGCAUACCCAAAGUAGUUUUAGAGUCACCAGAUAGUUAAAUUGUUCCAUAG